AUGCUCAGAGAAGCACGAUGAAUCCAGAUAAGUUUAAAAGUAUUUAAUGAGAUGAGAGAAGAUUUAAUGUACACUGCUGGCAUGUAUCACAAAGCAAUCAAACUAAACAAAAAGCGGUCAACAAAAAAUUACGGCUACCUAACCUGCCUCUCUCCUCCCCUAGUGCAGGUGAUUCAGCCCUUAAUGUUACCUACGACUAUCAUCGGCUGGCACCCACGUGACCCAAACCACACGCAUCACCAUGGCAACAAGACUAAUAUACAAAUAAAUCAAACCCAGAAUACUGAAAAACAAAACAAUAUAUGGCUCCUACAGGUCCAUUAAACUCAAUAGCUGACUGUAUCUUCAAAAAGAAAAUAGCUGUCUGCUCGUAAUGCUUUGCUUAUGUGUGAUCGGCAGACAUAUUUUGUUACAUUUAUUACAUUGUGUUGUUACAGAUUGUGGUGAUUUAUUCCGGAGAGUUUACAACAUUUACUGAUGAUAUUAAACGCACCAGUUUUCAAUCAAAUACCAUCAGCUGAAAGCGGAACAUUAUAACUCUGCACAUCCACCGUCGGAACUUAACAGUGUGACAUCCAGCGGAAGUAAACAAACACUACAGCUGUUAGCAGCGUUAGCUCUGUGCACGUGACGUUAUUGAAUGAAGUGAAGACGGUAUUGUAGCGGUGACACAGUUAAUUAUUUCAUUUGUAAUUAAGCAACAAUGUCUUCAGUUGAGUGUUUGAGAGAGUUUGUCAACGAGCGACUAAAUGCUGCUGCUGAAGAAAUAUUUGGAGUUUUUCAAAAAACUAUCGUCGAGUACGAAGAAGAGAUCUCUCGUCAGCGCAAACUGCUGGAUAUCGUUUGGAAACCUGAAAUAAAGUUACACAGGAUAGAUCUCCAACAACAACAUGUCUGUGAGGAGGAAGAGGAGGAGGUUCUCACUGACCAGCAGCUCUGUACCCAGGAGAGGAGCUCCAGUCUGGACCAGGAGGACCCAGAGCCUGUACAGAUUAAAGAGGAACAGGAGAAACUCUGCACCAGUCAGGAGAGAGAGGAGCUUCUGCUGAAGGUGGAGGUUAAUACCUUUGUGGUGACUCCUACUGAUGAGGAAAGGGACCACGGUGAACCAGAACCUGAAAGUGACCACCAUCUGCUGUUGAACAACUUUUAUGCAGCUGAGAGCCAAGAUCAGAAAGGAUACAAGCAUGAAGACUCUACUAGAGAUGCAGAGUCAGAACAAAACAAUCAACAAUAUGAAAACAAAAGUCACAGUAACAUUGUCUACAACCCUGACUUGUCCGGGGCUGACAGUAAUAUUCACAAACCGUCUUUUAAAUGUAACACUUGUGGAAAGGAUUUUAAGUAUAAGUCAUGUCUUCCAAGACACACGAGAAUUCACACAGGUGAGAGGCCGUACCUUUGCAAAACCUGUGGGAAAAGAUUCAAUGACGUGUCAGCAUUGAAAAAGCAUCAGAUAAUCCACACAGGUGAGAAGCCAUACCUUUGCAAAACCUGUGGGAAAGGAUUUUGUAGAAAUGACAACUUAAAACAGCAUCAAAUGAUUCACACAGGUGAGAAGCCGUACCUUUGCAAAACCUGCGGGAUGACAAGAUCCAUGACGUGUCAACAUUGAAAAGGCAUCAGAUAAUUCACACAGGUGAGAAGCCGUAUACUUGCACAACAUGUGGGAAAGCUUUCAGAGACAAGAGUGCCUUGAGAAAACAUAUUAGACGCAUCCACACAGGUGAGAAGCCGUACACCUGCAUCAUGUGUGAGAAAACAUAUUGCCACAUAUCUGACUUGAAAAGGCACAUGAAAAUACAUACAGGUCAAUAGCCGUUAACUUGCAAAUCAUGGCAGCUUUCACACAUAGUGGUUACUUUACAGUCCAUGAGAAGAGCCAACACUGGUGAGAGACCUUUGCAAUGUUUGGCAAAACCUCUAAGACGCAGACAAGAAGCUUUGUAUUUGCAAAACAUGUUGGAGAGUAUUCAUUUCUAGUGGUUUGUGUUCAGAACUGAAGAACUCACUGACUGACUGUUUUGUAUGACUGUACGAGAAGUCCUGUUGCUCAUAAAUGUGUCUUAUUUUUGCUGUUUUAUACUGUACACUACUUCACUGUGUCUGGUUUAUAGCUGAAUUAGCGAAUUGAAUUAUCAGAAUUUGUGAAAUGUUGUUUUUAUACAUAAUAUGUAUGUUUGUAUAUACACACAGAGACAUACUGAAAUAUAGGUUUACAAAGUCUAAAUGUUUUGUACUUUUUUUUUGGAGCACUGCUAAUAUACAGCUCUGUGAUCAACACUGCUUGCAAAAGUUCUGAUGUGUCACGAUACAGAAAGAAUGGAUUAAACAAAAUGACAUUUAAAUUGGAUCAGAGAGUCAUAUAAUAAACAAUCAUCUUUACUUC